UAACAUCGUUUUUGCAGUUUGCUCGAUUUUGCUGUCGCUGUCAUUGAAGAAAUAGGAAGGAAAGCAUUUUGUGCCUUCACAUUUUACAAAAACUUCUCAAUAAAUACACUUAUUAAUUAGCUUCGAGCAUCAAACUAACAACGAAGUAUCGCUAGUGCUAUGUUUUUGAAUGUUAUUCAUAUUCAAAAGGUGUUUUUGCAUUUAGAAAAAUCUAAAGUGGAAAAUGGAACAAGACGACGAAAUCAAAUCCGGUUGUUUGUUAUUUCCGCCUGCCGGAGGGAAUAUGUUUAGUAAAUUUCCCAAAAAGAAAAAUUGGCAACAAAAACAUUGUAUCCUGUUUACUGCCAGCAAACGGGGAAUAGAGCGUCUUGAAAUAUUUGAUAACAAAGAUGAAGUCACAUCUGGUGCUAUACCCAAAAUUAUAACUCUUGAAAAUUGUAUAAAAAUUACACAUUCUAGUCCAAACACUAUUACAAUACUUACUAAGUCACACACGCAGCAACUCAGCACACAGUCAGAGACUGAGACCUUGGAAUGGGUGACAGCCUUGCAGUCAGUGGCCUUCAAAGACAAGGACUCCAAUCCCUUCAGCUGUGACGAAGACAAUGAUCUGUAUUGCUCAUCUGGUGAGGGUGUAUUCUCAGUCAAAAUGUGCCCCUCUGAAGCAUCAACAAGAUGUGGUUUUGAACCCAUCAGGUACAUCCUUUUGCUCACAUCCACUGCCAUAGAAUUAAGAUCACAAACUGAUGAUAAGUUAUAUGCCACGUGGCCCUACAGGUUCAUAAGGCGCUAUGGUUACAGACAGGGUAAAUUUACAUUUGAAGCAGGCAGAAAGUGUGAUACUGGAGAAGGAAUCUUCCAUUUAGAACAUCCAAACCAAUCUGAAAUCUUCAAAUGUUUGUCAUUGAAAAUGAAAACAAUGAAGCAAAUGAUUGGCAAUGACAACCUGAAUAGUCCUGAGCACAGUGAAUUUAACAUCCAGUCAAGUGCCAAUUUGUUUCCUGGCUCUAGAAGCCCUCUAGUUGCUGCAAGGCCUGAUGAUUUGAAUUUGAGUUCUUUGUCAUUUAAGACAGCUUCAGUAUCAGUGUCAAGUCAACAAAGUUCAUGCUCAGAAAGAGACACUGCACCCCUACUUAUGCCAAAACCUGCACUGAAACCUAAACCACUGAAGCCUCCACGUAAAAUCAUCAACUUACCUAAAAGUAAAGACAUUCCAAUUUCAUCUGAGGAGACUUCAGACUUUGCCAGGUUUAAGAAACCUGAUAACUAUGAACCAAUUGACCAUAGUCAAAAAAGAGAACAUAGUCCUCCAAGCUCAACAGUGCCAUAUGAUAAAGUUGAAGUAAGAUCUGAAGCAUGGAGGAUAUUUGGAGUUGAGGAGCCUGAGCACACUGAGUUCACACCUAACCUGGGUGACAAUCCUAACUGUAUCAAACUGAUAUCUCGAUCUCAGGAUAAUUUGAACACUACUGGCCCAGAAGCUUCACGAAUAAUUCUGCUUCCAAGUCCAGUAGUUGAUCCGGAGGAUGAAAAUUAUGAUAGACUGGCAUAUUUUGGUUCAACAAGUAAGCUGAAUAAGUCAUCAAGGUACAAAAAGAUUGAGGCGCGACCUACGACCCUGGCUCUUGGGGAGCAGAAGAAUAAAGAUACAUGGAAUGAUUAUGACGAGGUUGAGAAUGUGAUGCAGACAGCAAGAUUGGCAGAUGACUCCCACUUGGGAUAUGGCAUGAUAAGGAAACCCAAUACUCCUGGUCCACAAGUGCCCACUGCUGCUCAAGUUCAGGCUCUGCAAAACCAGGUUGGGUUGGAAGAUGUCUCCCAUAAUAUGUGCAAUGGAACAGAUUAUGCUAUUGUUAGCCGUCCAAAAAGAGUAUAAACAUGUUAUAUCGUGAAAAGAAUUCGAAUUAUAAUUUUUAAGACUGAAAUUUUGUCAGUGAUUGUUUACUCAAUUACUUGUAUAUUAGGUUAGAGUUAUACCAUUUUUGGCAAAAUUGAUCAUGAGAAUCACUAGAAUGAUCAACUAAAGUCAGGGAAUUUAAAUUGAUGCUAUUCUACUUAGUAUAAGAUACCUCUAAAAUGUAAAUUAUUGGCCAUACAAACAAAAAUCAUUAAUAAAAGUUACAUAUUAGAACAUAAUAAGAGAAUUAAAGUACAGUAUUAUAAAAAAGAUGACUUAUUUUUUAUAAAAAUGUAUUUAAAUUUUUGAUAUGGAAUAAUCUAUUGUAGUAUAUCAACAUGUAAGACAAUUCCAAAUGAGAAUUACUGCAUUCCUAACUACAUUCUUUUUUAUAUUUUUAGGAUAACUUUGUACAUUAAUUAUUUUGUAUAAUGUAAUUAUCGCACAAAUAAUAUCUAGGCUAAAAUAAUUAUAAGAGAUUAUGAAAUGUAUUACAUUAUGUGAUUAUAUUGUGCCUUAUUUUAUAGAGUAUUUUCAGAAAUGAUUACCAACUGGUGCCAAUUAAAAGAUAUUUUUAUCUAGCUUUUGCCUGCUGACAUGGUUUUAAAGUAUUAAGUGUGUAACUUGUAAUAUUAGAAGUGGAGCAGCAUUCAUACAGUAUGGUGGGUAAGAAAUGUCCAAGACUUUCUUUCUCAUCCUUGUAUUUUGAUCUGGUUUGAAGAUAGACCAAUGUAAACUUCUUAAACUUUGAUUAUUCCAGAUAAUUUUGGUUCUAGUUUUACAGAGACUCAAGGGUCUGAAUUAUAUUAUACAAUCCUUUUUGCCAGUGAAACGAUAUGAAUGUAACUCUACUAUGAAUAAGGAUCUGUUUUGAUUUUAUAUUUUUAGGUUGGCCAUAUUUUUUGAUUUGUAAUCUCUUGUAAUAUGGAUUGAGAAUAAAUCAUAUAAUCUUUUAA